CAUGUAUGUGGUGUUUUGUGCCCGGUCCACAAAACAACUCGUGAACAAUUGUGUCGCUGCUAAUUUCACCCAAGACGCGACCAAACGAAGCCUUCCUCAACACGUGCCAGAUCCAGCCACCCCCCCCCAUCACUCCGAUUUGCUAUUAGGUUAAGCCGGCACAAAUAGGUUCUGUUGGUAUCGGUUGUUGCUAGUUUCGUAUCCGUUCUCGGACCCCCAGCCGCGUCUUCAUCGCUGCAGGUGGUUGUGUUGUCUUCGUGUCACUGGUGUCGGUUAUGCAGUAGCAGCAGCAUGCGAGGAUGCCCUCGUACUCCAACACUCCGUGGCUGCCACCUUUCUACAACUCCAUUCACCCUCAGGUCACGGCGUCCAUUCAACACUCAGAGCCAUGAUCGCGUUGAGGUACAAUGCGGCUCAGCUGGAAGCGUUACCAUCGAUCUCCUCAACAUAGCAAAGCAUCCCCCAUGCUCACCGUUCUUCAUCCACCUCCCUCCCUUCCCCCAAGUUGACGGGCUUCCUGCCCCGUUACCCGAGUUUCUCCGGGGGAAGCCAGUUGCCAGCAUCAACUAUCGAUGGACGUCCCCUGUUGCCCCAGCUUCUGUAGGUGGUGAUUCAGAUGUGGCCUCGCAGUGGCCGAUGCCCAUCCACGACACCUGCUUCGCCUAUUCUUGGCUUGUGCAGAAUCUGGCGCCGGAGGGUCAGAAGCGACGGGACAUUUAUGUCUAUGGCUCUCACAUAGGCGGAAGCCUAGCCACCUCCCUCUCUUUGACGGAGACGCAUCCCCACAAGCGAUUUGCUGUUCGAGGCUUCAUCUCCUACAAUGCCAUUUAUAACUGGACCAUGUUUCUUCCAGACCAUCCGAUUAACCGGCCAUCCAAGCGAGCCAAGAACCCGGCGGCACGCCCAACACCGGUUGAAGGCACGCAUCUUCAUCGCCUUCAGGAGCUGCUGCCGGAUUUAUUCAGGUCCCCCGAGGACAUGUUUGAUCCGUUUGUAAGCCCGAGCACAUUCUUUCACAACCCCGGGAUUCUGAUACCGGAGUCGUACUCCAUCUCGGGGGAGGAAGCCGCAGCGCUCGAAGCCUUGGUCAACCCAGAUUCUGCCCUGCAAGAGCCCAAGGUGCCCCGCAAGUCUCACCUGAUGUUCCCGCCGCGCGCAUCGACGCUCAAGAUCCCGGAGUCUUUGCUUUUGUAUGACUCACCAACUGUGGCUCCGUCAGCCAAGCAAGGACGACGAAUGGUAUCGACGGGCCGAGGGAACACCAUGGAGAGUCAAGCUCUUGAGUUGGUCGAACUGAUGAGGCGAAGCAUCGAAAAGGUCGAGCUCAAGGAGCGUAGUAAAUGGGACGACGAGGUUGCUAGCUGGGAUGAUGAGACGGAGCGCAGAGUGCAAGCGUUGGAAGUUGGGGAUGAAGGAGAAACAUUAGAGCUGAACAAGGUGGGAGAGGAAGCGAUUCAAGACUGGCUGGCGGACAGAAUUCAGGAUGACAGGAUAGAUACUGGAGUGAUAGAAUAAUACCCAGGCUUUCGCAUGUGCGUGCUCUGCUCUGACGGGUCAAUUAUAGAUAUCUGGUUAAGGGCACCUGUAUCGCAACUCUUCCUUGGUGCACUGGCGCUGCGGUAGACGGCCAUGCACACAGGUGGCAUUCAUCGUGGGGGCGGGAUGGCACUAACCAGAUCCCAAGGCGCACUGGAAAGCUUAACGGGUGGAGCUGAACUGAUAGGCCAAUUCGGGAGACGGUCUGGACACGCUUAUUCUGCGACAUUCGACCCUGGCUGCGAAGGGGAAUCCUGACGCAGCAAACAAGAAUUGGC